CAGAGUGAACUGAAGCAGUCACUCUCUUCCGGAGCAGAGACAGCAGAGAGGACUUUGAAGAACAAGGUGCAAGUCCCAAGCAGCGUUUUGAAAGCUCAACAGCUGGAUCUGGACUGAGAACAGCCAACUGAGAUUUGGACCUGAGAGCAGAAGACACGUUUACUGCACAGACAUGUCUGAAAGGUUUUCUAAGAAGAACUAGCUACUACCUCCGCAGAGGGCUGGUCCUGGAUUCAUCGGCUUGUAAAAUUAGUACUUCAAAAACAAAAUGUUUUCUAGACUUCUUGGCAAAGAGCCCAAACGGCUGGCUGAUGCCGUUAAAGAUGAAAGCACAUUGUUAACAUCCGAGACAGAUCCUCUACCUGUUUAUAAAAUUAAACUGCAGCAACAAAAAAUCAAUCUAAAAGGGUGCAAACAAUUCAGUUUGGGAAAAAAGUCCAAAACCAAUCAUUCUAAUCGCACCAUAAUGGUUCUCGGAGCGACUGGGGCUGGGAAGUCAACUCUCAUCAAUGGCAUGAUCAAUUAUGUUCUAGGUGUUGAAUGGAAGGAUUCAUAUCGGUUUAAGUUAGUUGAUGAGGAUCAAGCGAAAUCCCAAGCUGAAAGUCAGACUUCUGAAGUCACUGCGUACAAAAUCAACCAUCAGGAGGGUUUUAAAAUAGAUUGCUCUCUGACCAUUGUUGACACUCCAGGCUUUGGAGAUACAAGAGGCAUACAAAGAGACAAGGAGAUCAUAGAACAGCUCCGUAGUCUCUUCUCUGAUGAGGGUUGCGUCAGUGAAAUUGACGCGGUGUGUUUCGUAGCUCAGUCUUCUUUGGCACGGCUCACGCCAACACAGAAAUAUGUGUUUGAUUCUGUGCUCUCAAUCUUCGGCAAAGAUGUGGCAGAAAACAUCCAGAUUCUGGUGACAUUCGCAGACGGCAAGCGCCCACCAGUUCUAGAGGCGAUCAAUGCCUCAGAUGUCCCAUGUCCUAAAAAAGACGGGGUGCCAGUUCACUUCAAGUUCAAUAAUUCUGCAUUGUUUGCAGUCAACAAAUCAGCUGCAGCAGACGACGGGAGUGGGGAUGAGGAGGAUGGAGGCUUUGAUGAGAUGUUUUGGAAAAUGGGGGCAAAAAGCAUGAAGAGGUUCUUUGCUGAUUUGCAAAGGAUAAAAACCAAAAGCUUGAAAAUGACAAAGGAGGUCCUCAGAGAAAGAAAGCAGCUCGAGAACUCAAUUGAAAAUUUGCAGAAGCAGGUUAAAGUUGGGUUAGCCAAGCUUGAGAAGAUGAAAGAGACAAGUGAGUUACUCAAACUGCAUGAAGCAGAGAUCAGCAGAAAUGAGAAAUUUGAGUUAGAAAUCACCGUCAUAAAGCCUGUUCAAGAAGAUAUUUCUGGCACUGGAAUUUACAUCACAAACUGUCAGGUGUGUCAUUUCACCUGUCAUCCUAUUUGUAUACACGCAAAUGAUGAAGAUAAAGAAUACUGUGGUGCAAUGGGACCAAAUGGAAACUGCACACAGUGUCCAGGCAAAUGUCAUUGGCGUAAACAUUUCAAUCAGAGGUACAGAUGGGAUUAUAAGGAGUUUAAAGAAAAACAAACAGUGAAAGAGCUGAAAGAAAAGUACCUGAAAGCCGCAGAGGCUAAGGGAACUGUUGAGGAACUGACUAACCAACUCCAGGUUGAAUAUGAGCGUCUGCAGAAUGAGGUGGUGGCAUUGAUGGAGAAUUCUGCCAACUGUCUAAACAGACUAGAGGAGAUAGCACUGAAGCCAAAUCCUCUCUCCACUCCAGAGUACAUUGAAAUGCUCAUUGAGGGAGAGAAAGCUGAGGGCAAGUUAGGCUGGAAGCAACGAGUUCAGUACCUGAUAGCCAUGAGAGAAAAAGCAGAGCUCAUGACUAAAGUAGGCAAGAAUGAGAAACUCCUUUAAAGUCAAGAACCUCAAACUUAGGACAAAAUCCAGAGCAGUGCCAACCAAGACAAGACGUGUGUAUACAAAUAAAGAACAAGACAGGACUGUGAGUGAUGCUGAAAGCAACAAGUUCAAUAACUAGUAACAAUGACAGAAAAGGUUUGAGUCGCGACAGUAAGAGAAACUUGAAUCACUUUGACGAAGCAUAAAUGUGUAAGAGAUAAAGAAAGGUGUUUUCCUUGUAAACGUAUUCCUGCAGGAAUUAGUUCUCUUUAACAAAAAGUAAAACACAGAUUUACCACGUUUUAACAUGUUGUGUGCAGGAACUAUUAACUUAGCUUUUUAUUUUAACAUAUAUUUUCAUGUACCCAGUUUACAUUGUUCCAGACAGGGUUUUUAACAUGUUUUUCCUAAGUUUUAAAGUUGUUGUUUUAUCUGCUCUUCAAAUAUUUUUCUUUUUUUGUGAAUACUUAACAAUUCUAUUGAUUUGUAUUGAACUGCAUUGUAUUGUCCUGUAGUAAUUAGAUGAUGGAAUGAUCAAAUGAUAAAUAAAUCAUAUCUGAUGUAUACAAA